AUGACUCCCGUUUUCUUCUCCUAUUCACUCCCCCUUUUGGCCUCCGGCGUGAAUCAAACGCAGGCGCUUAUAACGAGUUCCAACAAGACGCCUUUGGUGCAGAUAUUUUUGUGGAUUCCAAUCACUGCCUCAACUCUGGGAGUAUGUGCGCAUUUAGGUACAAAGUUGGCUAUUUCGGAGAAAUUUGAAUGGCAAGAUCAUUUCGGAGCGAAGCAAGUUCUGAGAAAACGUGGAAGUGUUCUGACAGUUGACCUUAGGCUUUUUCCAUCGGCCAGACAAUUGCGAUUGCAAUUGAAUGUGCAAAUGGGCUUGGCCCAAUAUUCGGCAAGUAUACUUUAUAUCGCAAGCUUGUUCUUUGCAAAGAUUUCUAUAGUAAUGUUCAUAUAUGACUUCACACCUAUCGCAGCUGAGAGAAUAGCGACAAAAUUUCUUGGGAUUGUGAUAUCAUUAUGGGCUAUCACUUCUAUUUUGGCUAUUGCCUUCCAGUGUCAAUCUUCAGAGGUGUGGGAUAGUAUAGGUGGCGAAUGUUUCAACCAAAUAGCCUUUUGGAAUUAUAGCGCAAUCGUCAAUAUUGUGACUGACGCCAGUCUAAUCUUGCUCAUAAUAUUCAUAGCAUUACACAUACAGACUACCUGGAGUAGGAAACUCACAUUAAUAGGUAUCUUUGGUACUCGUAUCUGUGUCAUUGCCGCUGUGUCCUGUCAGCUAUUCUAUUCGAAUAAAAGGAUACAUGAUCCAACUUUUGAUCCCUGGCGAACAACAAUCUGCAACCAAAUCGUGCAGUCCCUUAGUACCAUCACAGCAUGUGUUCCAUAUUCGAAGACGUUUCUCGAUAGUCUAGAAUCGGGAUUGUUACGGUUGGAUAACUUGCGUCGACGAGCUAGCAGGGCGGCAGAAGAUGAUCGCGAUUUUAAUCGCAAAACAUCUGAUCUUCGAGGAAUCAAAAAAAUCAAAGAUAAGAAUCAUGAUUAGCUAGAAAUUAGGCUUUGCGAGUAGGGGCAAUUUAGAGAGCCAGAAACUGUCAGAAUUUGCGCCGGCACGUUCAACUGCUCAAUCAAAUACUGUUAGAGUGGUUGAUGAGGGAAAUUUAUGGGAUGCACAGAGCGAAUUUAGUCAAUCCAGAAUCAUAGCCGAACCUCGUACUUGGAAAUCAGAUGUAAAUCAGAUGUAAAUUAGAUGUAAAGAAGAAAGUCUCACGACAUCAGUAUCAAAUUCAAUACCAACAUAAUUGGAUUCUUUCAUAAGAACA